UAAACAAAGUCCUGCUCUUAGGCUAUAUGCCACACUCAAAAAUGGCCGCCCCCAGAAACCAAGACGGCCGCCGACUAGUCAGCCAGUGACCUACAUGGCCCUAAAAAACGAUGCCCGGAGCAGACAUGGCGGCGCCCACUGCUCUUCCCCUCUGCGUUGUCUUUCAUUUCUAUGCCUCUCGAUGGUCUUCACGCCCACAGAUCGUCACGUGACGCCACUAACGUGACCAAUCGAGGACCGACGUCUCUGUGCGGUCGCUCCCGUGCCCCGCCCAGCCUCGUUGUGGUUGAAGGCGCCAUUGAGAGACGCUAGAGUCGCCGCUGUCGUGGUCCCAAGGAGGCUUCCACCGAUCCCGGACACAGGGCACCACCGCCGUUGCCAUGGAUUACGGGGAAGAAAUGGACCGUGACUAUGGACAUGGAGCUUAUGGUGGCCCAAGAUCCAUGGACUCUUAUCUAAAUCAAUCUUACGGGAUGGAGAGUCAUGGAGGAGGAGGUGGUGGUGGAGGAGGAGGAGGUGGUGGUAACAGGUUUGGACCUUAUGAGUCUUACGACUCCGGGUCUUCUCUGGGUGGGCGAGAUCUGUACAGAUCUGGCUAUGGUUAUAAUGAACCCGAACAAAGCCGCUUCGGAGGUAGUUAUGGUGGUCGAUUUGACAGCUCCUACCGGAAUAGCCUUGACUCUUUCGGAGGUAGAAACCAGGGCGGGUCUAGCUGGGAAGCACCUUACUCACGUUCAAAAUUGAGGCCUGGGUUUAUGGAGGACAGAGGAAGAGAGAGUUACUCUUCCUACAGCAGUUUUUCUUCACCCCAUAUGAAGCCUGCACCUGUAGGCUCUCGGGGGAGAGGAACGCCUGCUUAUCCUGAAAGUGGAUUUGGAAGCAGAAGCUAUGAUGCUUUUGGAGGACCAUCAACAGGCAGAGGCCGAGGCCGAGGACAUAUGGGAGACUUUGGAGGGAUGCAUAGACCUGGAAUUGUUGUUGACUAUCAUAACAAACCCAGUUCUGCAGCAGUUGCUGCAAGAGGAAUAAAGAGAAAAAUUAUACAGCAGCCAUAUAACAAACCUGGUGGGACAUUUAUCAAGAAACCCAAACUGACAAAACCUAUUAUGAUGAACCAGAAUAAACUACCUAGUACCAAACCAGAGGUCAAAAGUGAAGAGGAGGAAAAACGUCGAAUUGAGGCAAGAAGAGAGAAACAGAGGCGUAGAAGGGAGAAAAACAGUGAAAAAUAUGGUGAUGGAUACAGAAUGGCAUUCACUUGCUCAUUUUGUAAAUUUCGAACCUUUGAAGAGAAAGACAUUGAAGCUCAUUUGGAAAGUGCUGCUCACCAGGAAACAUUGGAUCAUAUUCAGAAGCAAACCAAAUUUGACAAAGUAGUGAUGGAGUUUCUGCACGAGUGUAUGGUGAAUAAAUUCAAGAAGACAGCUAUGCGCAAACAGCAGACCAACAACCAAACUGAAAAUGUCCAAGUUGUUGAAAAAGAUGUAAUGGAAGGCGUUACUGCUGAUGACCACAUGAUGAAAGUUGAGACUGUUCACUGCAGUGCUUGCAGUGUGUAUGUUCCUGCACUACACAGUUCUGUUCAACAGCACUUAAAAUCUCCUGAUCACACAAAGGGAAAACAAGCCUACAGAGAACAAAUAAAAAGGGAGAGUGUACUGACUGCUACCAGCAUCUUGAAUAACCCAAUAGUGAAGGCACGAUAUGAGCUGUAUGUCAAGGGUGAAAAUCCUUUUGAAAUUACUGAUCAAUCUCAGGAUCAGCAGGCGGGGGAAGAAGAAGAAGAAGACAAGGCUGAUGAGCCUGCUGAAGAGGAAGAGGAAGAGGAGGAGGAGGAGGAGGAAGAAACAGAAGAACAAACUGACUUCACCCUUGACCAAACUGAAGAUAACUAAAUGCAUGAAAAUGAAAAAAUUCAAAUUGAAAAACAGCUUUUUAUUUCUAUUGUAAAGUGGCUAAAUGUAAGACCUUGUAAUAGUUUCACGGAUGAGACUUGUGUAACAUCCCCACCCUAUGCAUGCAUUCCAUUAUGCGGAGAACUUGUUUAUAUAAUUUCUGUGUUUCCCAUUUGUUUAAAAUGACAUUAAGAUGAUUUUAGUUGAGCUUUUAUAGCAACCAGACUGUUAGAGCUGAUUAAAACAUUUUGUGUUGUAUAUUUUUUUAAGCUUUCGUUUUCUUUUUUUGGUGUUGAAAAUUGACUAUAUUAUUAGUGUUUGUUCUAAUCACUUGAGAAAGGUAGUUUGAGGGUAAAUAUUCCAAGUGCUGUGUGACACAAUACAUUAUGCAGCUCAUAAUAUUUACCCCUUAGGGCUACGAUGCAUAAACUUAAAAAUUGUGCUGUGAGUGUGGCUAUUGUUUGGACUGUAUUGCACACCGUAUAGUAGUGUACAUGUUAUAAACAUGCCUCGUAGCUUUUUGUGAUAAAAUGUACCAGUUUGUAGCAAUAAAAUGUUU